GGCAGGGGCGAGCCACAGGAUGACUCCGACGUGGAAUGGGUGGACCCAGCAGAGGGGGGUGCGGAGGGCGACCCUGGGCCGCCGCCGCGGUUUGUCGGCGAUGUCGUCGCCCGCCACGCCGAAUUCGAAGUUGCUUUCGAGCAGGCCCUCGCGGCGCCGCGGGCGGCGAUAGUCGCUUGGAUCGCCUUCGAGCAGGUCGUGGUCCAGGAGGGCGCGCCGCCGCCGGCAGCGCGCGGCGUCGCCAUGGCCCGCGCCGAGCACGAGCGCAGCUGGCGCGCGGCCUUCGAGGCGUGGCAGGCGGAACAGCAGCAGCCGGGCUUCGCUGACAACGGCGCCAGCAGCGAU